UUCAAAUAUUCCUAAAAUCCAUACCUAAAAUAUUCUUUUGGAACCAUAGAUCGGUGUCAGCAGAGAAUAGAGCAGAGCGAUUCCAUACACUGAACGAAUUAAAGCAGUGAUCAAUUCAAUCAUCUUUUCAACAACAGGAUAUUAGCGUUGAGCAGGAAACACACAUAUGAUAAACCGGCCUCAUGUCCGCCUAAAUGGGUUGCAUCAGGCUGCUGUUGCACUUGGCUCGGCAGUUGGAGCAUUAUUAGACCCACGAAGAGCAGAUCUGAUAGCUGCUUUAGGGGAGACCACUGGGAAGCCUGCUUUCGAAAGGGUUCUUGAAAGGAUGAAGAGAAGUCCCGAGGGCAGGGCAGUGUUACUGGAGCGUCCCCGUGUCAUCUCUGAGAAAGUGGGACAUGCCUGGGAUCUACCACCAAACACAUUUGGUGCUGCAUAUGCAAGCUUUAUGGGAUCUCGUAACUUUUCCCCAGAUGACAGGCCACCAGUUCGGUUCUUGGAUACAGAAGAAUUAGCAUAUGUUGCUAUGCGUGCACGCGAGGUGCAUGACUUUUGGCACACCCUGUUUGGCCUCCCCACCAAUUUGAUCGGGGAGUCAGCACUGAAGGUGAUUGAAUUCGAGCAAAUGCUGCUACCUAUGUGCCUGAUGUCUGUCGUAGGAGGAACAGCAAGAUUCAGUGAGAAACAAAGAUCAUUGUUCUAUCAGCAGUAUUUCCCAUGGGCCUUGCGUGCUGGUAUGAAAAGCACUGAUCUGAUGUGCAUCUACUAUGAGAUGAACUUUGAUGAGGAUUUAGAGGAAGUUCGCAGGAGAUGGGGUAUAAUCCCUGCCCCUCAGCUCCAAAAAUGAAUUUUGCUCCAAACCCGUUUUGCUGAGUUUAAAAUUGUAAUUUUGACUUAUUAAUGAUUUAUGUAUUAUUAAAAAUGUAAUAAUAGUAAAAAGUGAUUUAUGGGUAAAUUAUGAAUUAUGGUUAACUUUUUUCUAAAAAAUUGAGUCACGGACA